GCCGCCGCCGCCGCCGCAGCAACACUUUCCACUUGUAUUGAUCACCUCCCAGCCCGGCUCAGCCUGCUCGCCCGAACCGAGCGCGGCCAGCGCGCCAGCUCUUGGCAGCCCCGGAGCAACCGGGCUCCGGGAGGCAACUCCUUGCGAGCGCCCUGUCCGGGGUGCCCUCUGCGCUCUGCAGUGUCUUUCUCUCUGCCUGGGAGGAGGAGAAGAAGGAGGGGGAGGACGUCUGGUCCCGGCUAGGAGGUGGAGCAGCGGCAGCCGCCGCCGCCGCCGCCGCCGCCGCCGCCGCCGGAAAGGGAGAGGCAGGAGAGAUCGAGACUUGGAAACCCCAAAGUGCCCGCGACCCUGCACAGCAGGCUCCCUUCCAGCUUCAUGGGCAAAGUGUGGAAACAGCAGAUGUACCCUCAGUACGCCACCUACUACUACCCCCAGUAUCUUCAAGCGAAGCAGUCUCUGGUCCCAGCGCACCCCAUGGCCCCUCCCAGCCCCAGCACCACCAGCAGUAAUAACAACAGUAGCAGCAGUAGCAACUCAGGAUGGGAUCAGCUAAGCAAAACGAACCUCUAUAUCCGAGGACUGCCUCCCAACACCACAGACCAGGACCUGGUGAAGCUGUGUCAACCAUAUGGGAAAAUCGUCUCCACAAAGGCAAUUUUGGAUAAGACAACGAACAAAUGCAAAGGUUAUGGUUUUGUUGACUUUGACAGUCCGGCAGCAGCUCAGAAAGCUGUGUCUGCCCUGAAGGCUAGUGGAGUUCAAGCUCAAAUGGCAAAGCAACAGGAACAAGAUCCUACCAACCUGUAUAUUUCUAAUUUGCCACUGUCCAUGGAUGAGCAGGAACUUGAAAAUAUGCUCAAACCAUUUGGACAAGUUAUUUCUACGAGGAUACUCCGUGAUUCCAGUGGUACAAGUCGUGGUGUUGGCUUUGCUAGGAUGGAGUCAACAGAAAAGUGCGAAGCCGUAAUUGGUCAUUUUAAUGGAAAAUUCAUCAAGACACCCCCCGGAGUUUCUGCUCCUACAGAACCUUUAUUGUGUAAGUUUGCGGAUGGAGGACAGAAGAAAAGACAGAACCCAAACAAAUACAUCCCUAAUGGAAGACCAUGGCAUAGAGAAGGAGAGGUGAGACUUGCUGGAAUGACACUUACUUAUGACCCAACCACAGCUGCUAUACAGAACGGAUUUUAUCCUUCACCAUACAGUAUUGCUACAAACCGAAUGAUCACUCAAACUUCUAUUACACCCUAUAUUGCGUCUCCUGUAUCUGCCUACCAGGUGGCAAAGGAAACCAGAGAAAACAAGUAUCGGGGCUCUGCUAUCAAGGUGCAAAGUCCUUCUUGGAUGCAACCUCAACCAUAUAUCCUACAGCACCCCGGUGCCGUGUUAACUCCCUCAAUGGAGCACACCAUGUCACUACAGCCUGCAUCUAUGAUCAGCCCUCUGGCCCAGCAGAUGAGUCACCUGUCACUAGGCAGCACCGGAACAUAUAUGCCUGCAACAUCAGCUAUGCAAGGAGCCUAUUUGCCACAGUACACACACGUGCAGACGACAGCGGUUCCUGUUGAGGAGGCGAGUGGCCAGCAGCAGGUGGCUGUGGAGACGUCUAAUGACCAUUCUCCAUACACCUUUCAACCCAAUAAGUAACUGUGAGAUGUACAGAAGGGUGUUCUUACAUGAAGAAGGGUGUGAAGGCUGAACAAUCAUGGAUUUUUCUGAUCAAUUGUGCUUUAGGAAAUUAUUGACAGUUUUGCACAGGUUCUUGAAAACGUUAUUUAUAAUGAAAUCAACUAAAACUAUUUUUGCUAUAAGUUCUAUAAGGUGCAUAAAACCCUUAAAUUCAUCUAGUAGCUGUUCCCCUGAACAGGUUUAUUUUAGUAAAAAAAAAAAAACAAAAAACAAAAACAAAACAAAAGAUUUUUAUCAAAUGUUAUGAUGCAAAAAAAAAAGGAAAAAAAAAAAGAAAAAAAAGGAAAAGGAAAAAAAAAAGAAAAGAAAACUUCAAUUUUCUGGGUAUGCACAAAGACCAUGAAGACUUAUCCAAGUGCA